AUGGCGAAUCUAGUGAGAACAGCUCUUUGCGGACUUGAUGGAGUAUUGAAGUACAUGAAGUUCUCGCCUUGUUAUUUGAUGGCGAAGCGCGAUUUUAAACCUAUCACAACGGAUUUGUCCGAAAAAUCGAUUUUGAUCACCGGAGGCAACUCUGGAAUUGGUCUUGAAGCAGCUGUCAAACUUGCUAGACUCGGUGCAAAUGUCCACAUUGCUUGCCGAAACGAGUCGCGAGGUAGCGCUGCAGUCGACGAAAUCGUCUCAAGAGCAAAUGUUUCAAAAGAAAAAGUGCAGCUCCACCUGCUCGAUGUUUCCGAAUGCAAAGAUGUUCAUAAGUUCGCGGCGGAUUUUUCAAAAAUGCUCAAGGAAAAUGAAGAGAAACUGUAUUGUCUGGUGAACAACGCAGGUGGAAUAAUCAACGAAAGGAAGAAGAAUAGCCAGGGCUAUGAGAUGAAUUUCGCCACGAACACUCUGGGAAUGUACAUCCUUACAAAGAGCCUUCUCUCCUCAAAUGCCCUUUCUGCUGGUUCCCGUGUUUUUUCUACAACUUCCAGCUCGAUGAUGAUCGUGCCUUGUGUAACUGAAGAUCUCAACUUUGAAAAAGGAAGUUUUGAUAAAAACGGAAUCAAUGCUUACGCCUUCGCUUGCACACAAAAACGCCAUCAAGUUAUUCUCACUGAUGUUUGGGCUGCGCAAUAUCCUGACAUUUACUUCUGUACCGGACACCCAGGCUACUGUAACACCAAGGCAGCGAAGGACACGCCGUUUUAUACUGUCCCCGGAGAGUUUAUUUACAAUUUGGGAGCUAAAGCCAUUCGAAGCCCUGAAGAAUCAUCUGACUGUAUUUUCUUCGCCGCCGCCGCUGACAAAUCUGACCUUGCCCCGUCUGGAACAUAUUACACCGACCGAAAACCCGCGGCAAAGCACUAUUUUGGAACUCAGGAAACUGAGGCCGAUCGACAAAAACUCGUUGCGAUAUUGGAUGAUAUUUACGAAUCUACUAAAGAAUAA